AUGGGAAUGUUUGUUUCGACACUACCAUAUCGUGUUCAAAUUAAUUCUCAUUGGUCAUUUGAUGAUCUUGUUAAAUAUGUACGAGAGAAAUGUUUAUCAAUUCUUGAACAUUCGCAUUACCCACUUCAACAUAUUCUUGCCAAUUUACAUAUUAAUCAAUCAAAUAUUUCAUUUCUCGAAACAAUCUAUGACUUCGUUACUAUACCAUCACACAGCGAUGAAUUAUCUUUUGAUGGAACAUGUUUCAAAAAAGUGUCAUUCGAACAAUUGUCUGAAGUGGCUAAGUUUGAUUUUAUGUUAACAUUUAUCUAUAAUCCAAUGUUGGAAAAUAAUAGAUUAUCAUUUGUUUUAACUUGUUCACAUGAUUUGUUUAAUGAAACUACAGUUACAAAUAUUGGCCGAAGAUUAGAAUAUUGUUUUCAACAACUUUUUACAUUGAAUAAAACUAUCAAUCAAACUGAUACAUGUUUUACAUCUAUAUCAAAAUUUGAUCUUAUUCUACCAGAAGAAACUCAAGAAAUGGAAAAUGUUAUCUUUUGUCGACAAUCAGAUAUAAUGAACGAAGGUAUGUUUAAUUAG